AUGAGCAGUGUGCAGAGCAGCAGUGGUGGUCCGUGUACUCCGCAGGGGAAGCGGUCGCUGGAGCGGUUCUCCCAGCGGGUUUCAAAGGGCGAAUUCUACGAGGCGCACCAGGCGCUGCGGGCGGUGAUCAACCGGUACGUGAACCGUGCAGAGUACGCUGAGGCUGUUGAGUUGGCUGCUGGUGGCGCUGAGUUGCUGUUGAAGGCUGGGCAGGGCGGGUCCGGUGCCGAUCUCGUGUUUUACUUGCUAGAGGUGUACGACGUCGCUGGGGUCGCCGUGGACGACGCGAGUGUUGCGCGGUUGGUGCAAUUGCUCGUGUUGUUAGACGCUACGGAUCCUACGUUAAAGGAUGUGGCCACUGGGAUGAACAAUUGGUCCGUGAAGCAUGGCGAGUGUCCCUUUGGAGACCCACGGCUGCACAACGCCGUCGCCGCGAAGCUUCUGGAGGCCGGUCUCGUCUAUGAGUCCGAACGGUACAUGCUUUUGGGCACCGAGGAGUCCCUAGAAAAGUACGUUGAUCUUCUGUACGGGUGGUUCGAGGAUGCUGGUAGUGACGCUUUAGCUGGUGAUUUUGUCAGCAGACUAGUGUUUAACUACUUGUUCAUUGGGAACGUCAAGUUUGCUCUACGGUCCUCGCAGCAGUUCCUUACUCGGUACGUGGACUCUGGUGCGGCUGGUACCGUGGACACGAUUACAAAGGACAUUGGUGGUGACUCAGGCGAGAGUACGUUCACAAUGCUGUAUUUUGCGGACCACAUGGAACUCAACUUCCUGCAACUGGUUCUGCUCACCUGCAUGACGAAAAACCGCGACCUGUUUGCGACAUUGAAGCAGCAGUACGCAGACUGUGCGAAGGAAUACUCCACACAACUACAGGUGCUCGGACAGGAGUACUUCGGUAUCACUGCUCCGAAGCAGGCCAACUUCCUGCAGGACAUGAUGUCAGGGUUCCUGGGAGGGUGA